AAAACAAAAUAUUAGGGUUUCAUGUUCUUGGGAUUGAGCCCAAUGAUCGACCCAGGCCUUUAUCUAGCGUAUGCCCAUGUGGGCUUUAGACCCGCAUCCAUGACGAAGUAGGCUUGCCGUUGAAUAUUCUGCUUUUGAUUUAUUCAUGCUGAGCUCACUGAAAUCACUGAGCGAGAAGACAGAAGCGCGAAAAAGUUCGUAGGAUAUGGUGAAUAGCUUGCGUCGGCGUUGUGGCUGGCUUCUGCGGCCGGUCGUUGCCCAUAUCGAUACAACCACCAAAGCUUCUGUCUCUGCUAAGAUUCGGUGGAGGUCGUAUUUCAGUUUCGGGUCAUCUCCAAUGAGAUUCAGAGUCAGAGAAAGUAAAGUUCCUUGCCCAACUAUCUUGGAAACUAUUCGGUAUCGAUUCUUUUCCUCAGUUUCUGCAUCGAAAUCAAGGAUUGGAUUUGUUGGAUGGUACAUGAGGAAACUCGACACUCACCCGUUUAUCACUAAAAGUAUCACUUCUUCGCUCAUUUAUGGGGCUUCUGACUUGACCUCUCAGAUGAUUACAAUGCCAUCUCCUGGCUCUUUUGACUUAAUAAGAACAACACGGAUGACUGCUUAUGGGUUGUUGAUAUUGGGGCCAUCCCAGCAUUUGUGGUUUAAUUUCAUGUCUACAAUCUCACCAACACGAGAUUUAUUGUCAACUUUCAAGAAGAUGUUUCUGGGGCAGGCUGUGUAUGGACCUAUUAUUACCUCUGUUUUCUUCUCCUACAAUGCAUCGUUGCAAGGUGAAAGUGGCCGUGAGAUUGCUGCUAGAUUAAACCGCGAUUUGCUUCCAACAAUGUUAAAUGGGCUGUUGUAUUGGCCAGUCUGCGAUUUCGUCACAUACAAAUUUGUCCCCGUUCAUCUACAGCCAUUGAUAAACAGUUCGUUUCAAUAUGUGUGGACCAUUUAUCUGACAUACAUGGCAAGCUUAAAAGCAGUUGAGAUCAAUUGAAGCAGUAGUAGAUUUGAAGAGAGUGCCCAUUUGUUUUCAGGAAUCGGUUCCCUUAUUCGUCUGUCUUGUUUGACAACAACCCUUGUGAAGCAGCAGCCUUCUACACUGCUUGGAAGGAGAAGCUCUUCAAUUCAAGGACUUCUUCUACUUCGCGUGAAGGCCUGCAGUGUUUGUUUGAUUAUGUAAAUUUAAUGGCGAUGAACCAGCAAUGACUUUAUUAUGUUCUUUGGUAUGUGAAAUCUAUUCCUUAGACAUUUUGAGCA